AUAUUUUAGAUUCUUAGCGUUAAUAGCGCUGAAAGACUAUGUAAACAUACACUCAAAGGUGGAACCAUUAAACUCUGGUUUGAGUUUCACGUCGGGAAUGUUUUCUAGUCGAGCUUCAUGUAUGUGGACGCUGCAGCACAAAUCCUUCAGCUAUGUCCACAAUAUCCCAUGGCUUUAAAAGCAGCAAGCAAGACUUUACAUUUGGGCCAUGGAAAGUCACCUCAGCAAGAACACACAUCAUGAAAUCUAAAGAUAUCGAGCGGUUAGCGGAGGAGAUGCAUAUGCCGUCUCUCCCAGAGAUGCUUUUUGGAGACAACGUUAUGCGCAUUCAGCACACCGAUGGCUUCGGCAUUGAGUUCAAUGCUAUUGAUGCCCUCAAGCGGAUCAACAAUUUACAACAUUCAGUACAAGUGGCUUGUGCACAAGAGUGGCAGGAAAGCAGAGCUGAUUCUGAGCACAAGGAGGUUGUAAAGCAUUAUGAUUGGACAUACACAACAGAUUACAAAGGGACAUUGCUUGGUGAAGACCAGCAGAUGAAGGUGUCUCCUACAUCAGAGCGGAUAGACCUGGAGAAACUGAAAGCUCGAGAACAGAUCAUGUUCUUUGAGGAUGUGCUGUUGUUUGAGGAUGAGCUCCAUGAUCAUGGUGUAUCUAUGAUUAGUGUGAAAAUUAGAGUGAUGCCCACUAGUUUCUUUGUGCUGCAGCGCUUCUUCCUGAGAGUCGAUGGAGUUAUGAUUCGGAUCAAUGACACACGGCUCUACCACGAGGCUGGGAAAAACUACAUGCUGCGGGAGUAUAGCUCACGAGAAAGUAAAGUGUCAGCUCUUCAGAAUGUUCCUCCUGCCUUGUUCACAGACCCUAAUGAGAUUGUUCAGCAUUUACCGCUGACGCUCACAGAGUGUGACAAACUCGAAUUCCCAGAGCCACAGCAACCUGCCGAGUCUCCACAGUGACGCAGAUUACGACGUGUCAAACCUCAGAGUGCUGAUCUCGGAGCAGUCUGCUGCAGCACACUGAAUACUGCUAUAGGCGCAGUGACGGCUGAACCCAGAUCAGCAUUCAGACAUUGAGACGGUUGAUGCCAGUGAACCCAGAAAUGGAGCUGUAACAAGCAGGGAUGUAACUUUCUAGAACGCAGGUCCAUCAGUUCUGUUUUCUUUAAAUACUUUUAUAAUGAUACAAACACUUAACUGUCUGCCUCAGUCACUGUUACUAGAUCUUUAAAACUGUUAGAGUUGUAUUUUCUCUCACACACAAUGUCACAUAUCAAAGCUUGGUUGCGAUGAUGUUUUGAUUUUUUUAUUUUUUUUUUUAAGAAACCAGUAGUGUGUGUUGAACAAGACAAAUUGCAGAAUGAUUUAUUAAAAUUAUUUGUUUGUAACGUCACUCUUCUGUGUGUUUGUGUUUCACAUAAUUGAGAGAAUAAAAAUGGUUCUGUAAAAA